AUGGCGUCCGUUUCAAUCAGCGCUCCAGGGCUCAGCAGCGGGUUCCUGUACAAUAAUGGCUCCAAUAAUGCGCGUGUCUGUAUUACCUCCGAGACGAACGAGUUUGACAUGGAGACGAUUCGCAACUGGCAGAAUGAGGGAUUCGACGUAAUCUACGAACCGCUGAACGGCGGCGGCAAGGACUACGAGGCUCGACUGAUGGCGGUCAAGGGAGGUCUUGGCGUUGGAGAAAACUACGCAGUGAUAGCGUUUGGCGAGGCGGCUAGCUACUGCUUGCAGUAUUAUGCGGAGGCAGGAAACACUGCUCGACUUUGCGCCCUGGUCGCAUAUUAUCCAACCACAGUUCCCGACAAUCGAAUCAAAUUUCCCUUCCAGGCAAAAAAGCGACGUCGGACUCGUGCCCUGAAGCCUGGAGUUGGCACGGGGGAGAGGCUGAAAUGGGCUUAUCCGGUCUACACAUACUAUGAAGCUCAGCCCGGGUUUGCAGAACAUGACAUGGAGGAAUACGAUCACCUGUCGGCCAGUAUCGCGUGGUCGCGGACUGUUAGCGUUCUGCGCAAAGGGUUUUCGAGAGAUGUGGAUAUUGAGAAAGGCUUGGAAGACCACGAAGAAGCCAAGUUCUUCAAGUCAAAUAUUUCGGAAACGAUGGAAAGCUAUGUCAAGCACAAGACACCGACGGUAACGUAUGCCUCGACGCUAAGUGGCGGCAUCGGAGCCCAAGAGCUCCAGCGCUUCUACCAGCGGUUCUUCAUUGGGAAGCUUCCACCGUCGAUGCACAUUCGCCUGUUGUCGCGAACAACCGGAUCCGAUCGUAUCGUCGAUGAGCUUUAUGUCUCUUUCGAACACUCGCAAGAAAUCCCAUGGAUGUUGCCUGGUGUCCCCCCAACCAAUAAGCCGGUGGAAAUUGUGUUGGUCAGCAUCGUCAGCAUUCGCUCUGCCAAGCUGUAUUCAGAGCAUGUAUACUGGGACCAGGCGAGCGUCCUAGUUCAAGUUGGUCUACUUGAUCCAAAGCUCGUGCCAAAUGGCUUCUCCGGUGUUGAUAGACUACCUGUCAUUGGCCGGGAAGCGGCUCGUCGCAUUCUACAUGAAGAUCCCGAGGUCGAAGGCGUCAACUAUCACAAUCGACUCAUUCGUCGCGCAAAUGCCAAGAAUAGGAAAAAUCAAAGCUCGCGAUCUUCCGUCGCCGAUGAGUCUGCUGCUGAGCUAAAGAGCGAUGCUGAGCUGCCAGUUCGUAGCAAGGGUGAUAAGGGGAAAAACGUGCAAGAACAACAAACAAGCCCACCAAAGCUGGCUAGUAAGAAUGGAGCAGGCGUCGAACACCAGGAAGAGGAGGAUGAUGAUGGCGAUGCGACAGAGACUGAGGCUACCAGUACUAAGCCGGAGGGCGACAAGGCUGCGUAUGUCGAAGAGGCUGAAGAGAAAGAAUGA